AUGCAGCCUCAACAGGCGGACGAAUCCAUUCCCAUGGAGCAACCCGUCGCAGGAUCCUCGCGCUCGAUAAUAACAGGUGACGAAGAACACGAACAGGAUAUAAUCAUCAUUCAAGAUCAAUCAGCACCAAAAGCACACGAGGACGAUCAGCAGAGCUUACCUCCAGCGUACAGCGAUGCCACGGCGAGCAAACCUCGCAAAGCGCGCCAACGAACGCAUCAAUAUCCACCUUCACGUUCACGAACGACAUUAUCGGAGAUGAGACGCUCGAGGAGCUCAUUUCGGCACGCAUUGUUCCUCCUUAUGGAGCGUCCGACGUCGUCGAGUAGCGCGUUUACACUUCAUUUGACGACCAAUGCCAUCAUCGUCCUUAGUGCCAUUCUGACAAUCCUCGAAACGCUGCCCUUCUUCCACGCCGUCAACAGCUCGAUUUGGUUUGGUCUGGAGACAGUCAUCGUUGCUCUAUUCACUGUCGAAUAUGUCGCACGAAGCUUUGCGUGGGGUUUCGGCGAGGGAAACGGCGGAUGGAAGCGAUGGUCCAAAUGGGUGACAUCAUUCUUUGCUCUGGUGGACUUGUUCGCCAUCUUGCCAUAUUAUAUCGAGCUGCUUCUUCAAGCAGACACUACGGCAUUCUUCCGAUUCUCUAUUCUUCGAGUUUUCCGUCUAUUUAGAGUGUUCCGGCCUUUCCGUUACUCUUCGACUAUCCUACUGACUAUCGAGGUCAUGAUCCUUGCAACGAAAAGGAGCCAACAUGCACUUCUCGCACUUGCGUUCUUCGUCACGAUGACGCUCGUAGUAUUCUCAACCUUGCUGUACUUUAUUGAACGAGGGACAUGGGACGACUCGCUCGAGGCAUUCGUCGAUGCAGAGGGCGUUAAAACACAAUUCGAUAGCAUCCCAAUGGCUGCUUGGUUUGUUCUCGUCACGAUCACAACUGUGGGCUACGGUCAGACUGUACCAAGAACAUUCUUUGGCCGCUUAAUCACGGUACCUCUUCUCCUCUUUGGAUUACUCCUCGUCGCUCUUCCUAGUUUCGUGCUCGGAAGAGAGUUUGCCGUUGUAUGGGAGGAGAUGAGCGCCGGUGUGCUUGAUGCUUCGGUACUCGCUAUUGGCCGCGAGCCCGAUAGUCCCCUCACGCCCUACACCGGUCGCGGUGCUGAAUCGUACGACGUCGAAUCAUUUCACGACAAGCCAGAAGAACAGCAUGAGGAUGAAACAGAUCCAACGACACCUCUGACGGGUCGUCGAAGGAGAGAUAAAGGCAAAGGGCGCGCAACUGACAUGCUCUUUGACGCUGGGGGUGUUGAGAGCGAUAUUCAGCAUCACGAUUCCGAGGAAAGGCAACGCGAACACGAUGAAGAACGAGCCGUACCGCGACCUAAGCCCGCUGGGGUUGCCGCACUCCAAAAACGGCGCCAUCGCGUCGACUCGGAUGCAACAAAUCGUACAAAUGUCUUCAUGGGCCUAUCUCAUCGUCGCAAUGGGUCGCAAGUCAACUUGUCUUCGCCGAGUGCAGGAGGAAUCUCGUCGGCGAUCGACGCGCAUACGCAAGUAUUGUCGGGAAUCGUGAAGGAGUUGAAGGCGGAGAGAGACGCAGUUAGAGGUGAGCGGGAUGCGUUGAGGGCCGAGCGUGAGGCGUUGCGAUUGGAGAGAGAGGCGCUUGGGAGGAGCGAAGCUGCAAGAUGGAUCAUUUCGCACCCCAUUAUAACCGCAUUCGCGGCUAUUAUGGUGACGCCGACUUUUCAGCUCGUCUAUCUCAUCGUCCAACCACGUAUUUCAGCACUGAACGUACUUCGUGGACCACCAGGAGGGAACGGUAUUCUUGGACAUUUUGGUAAAGGCCGUCUUGGACCUAUAGGUGAAUGGCACGCAGAACUGUUUAAACAGUACGGCCACGUCUUUCGUUUUCGCGGAUUAUUUGGGCGCAUAACCCUUGUCACCUCGGACCCAGUCGCUCUACAUCGGAUACUAAACGAGACUUCCGUAUAUCAGAAAUCGCCUUUCGUGAAGUACAUCCUCGGAAGCGUAUUGGGAAACGGUCUUCUCUUUGCCGAAGGGGCCGAACAUAAGAAACAGCGUCGCAUCAUGAAUCCGUCAUUUAGCGGAGGGCAUCUCAAGGAGAUGACGGGUAUCUUUGUCUCCAAGGCUCUCGAGCUUCGAGACGUUCUCUCGGUCGCAAUCGACGCGAGCGAGUCUCGACAAGAGGCACAGGUGGAUAUGCUCGACUAUGUCUCACGAACAGCGUUGGACAUUAUCGGUCUCGCGGGCUUUGACUACGCUUUCAACUCUCUGUCAGACGGAACCAAUGAACUUGCGCUCGCUAUCAAAAAAGUCGCAGAAUCUCCGGGCGGUAUCCCGAUAUUCCCAAUGCUCAAGGCUAGGUUUCCAAUCCUGCGACCCUUUCUCAAUUUCGACGCGACCUCGAAACGUCUGAACAAUGCCAGUAGACGACUUCAGGAAGUCGGCAAGGUACUCAUUGUUGAGAAGAAGAGGCAAAUCUUAGCCGAAAAGGGGCAACCCUCGACAUCAGGAGUGUCCAAGGACCUACUCAGUCUGAUGAUCCGGUCAAACAUCGAGGGUGGAGAGGGUAAAGGAUUGACGGACGAUGAGAUUCUGAACCAAAUCCCGACGUUUCUUUUGGCUGGUCACGAAACAACGUCUACAUCCAUCGUUUGGACACUCUUCUCACUAGCGAGCAAUCCAGAAAUACAAUACCGGCUUCGAAAAGAGCUUCUAUCAGUGCCCACGGACACUCCCUCGAUGGAACAGCUCAAUUCGCUCGCUUACUUGGACGCCGUCGUACGAGAGGCACUCCGAUACUACUCCGUAGCGAACGCACCUGUACGCGUCGCUAAACAAGACGACAUAAUUCCCGUCAGCAAGCCGUACACCGACCGUUAUGGUGUUGAGAGGAAUACCAUCAAAAUAUCUAAAGGAGAUGCCAUUGUCAUCCCAAUUGCCGUGCUCAACAACUCUGAAGCAAUCUGGGGCCCAGAUGCGAAUACAUUCAACCCGGAUAGAUGGAGCUCUAUUCCCGAAGCCUCCUAUGCUCUACCUGGAAUCUGGGGAAAUCAACUAACGUUCCUCGGCGGGCCUCAUUCGUGUAUUGGCUUCAAGUUUGCAAUCAUGGAGAAGAAGAUCGUGCUCUUCACACUACUAAGAAACUUUGUAUUUGAGUUGGCAGUACCGAAGGAGGAGGUCGUACGGAGACCAGGGAUGAUAACGAGGCCAUCUAUCAAGUCCCGAAUAAAUGAAGGGAACCAGCUACCCAUGAUUAUCAACCGUCCUCCGGCCUUGCUGCAGCCCCGCGUUUCAUUCUUUAUUCGACGCGUCAACGAGGCCCCAACAAACGCGCUCUUGGACCCGUCCACGACAGCCCACAAAUCUUUUGUAACCUCUGUGAUCCAUCCUCACAUCGUGCAGAACUCGACUGGUGCUGUCAUGAAGCUGCUGUAUAGUAUCCUUGGGGCCGUAAGCCUCAGUUCCGUCGCGUCUGCUGCUGCUUUUGCUGGCAUGGAGGGCGUACCAUUGCUGGAGCAGGUCGGCGCCGCUGCGGCGCCGGUGUAUAUCAAUGCUCUCGGAGAGGUUGUCAUUCCACAAAAGUUCCAUUGGGGUAGCUACGCCGUCAAAGAGCUCGAUUCAGCCAAGCCCCGCAAAGUUGUCAAUACGGUUACGAGCCUGUGUGCCCCUCGAACUAUCAAAAUCCUUGUUGUCCAACCAACUCCCCGACCUGCUGUAGCCAAGAGUCGACAGUUUGCUGCGGCGCCGACCAAUUCUGCCAGGGGACGACGACUUGCUGCAACAACGGUCAGACCGGGUGCGGAGAAGCAUGCUGCGACGCUGGUACGACCUGCUGUGGGACGAAAUGCUGCGGCUAUGGCUAUACUUGCUCCAAUGGAUCAUGCAUUGUUCCGGUAUGCUGCGUUACCGGGUUCGACGACCUCUCCGUCCGUGUCUCCCACUGUGCCUGUCAUUUCCACACCUGCCGAGACGCGAUCCUCAACUGGCACUGGAGGAGGUACAACCACAUCUACGUCUACUGGCACAGGUAGUACGACCAGCACUACCACCACGUCUUCUAGUACCACGACUACUUCCAAUGGUGGAGGCAACGAUCAACCACCCAAGGGUCCCUCUCCUCAAGUGAUUGGUGGUGCAGUCGGUGGUUCGAUCGCCGGUCUGAUUCUGCUAUGCGGAAUCGCAGCAUUCUGCUGGCGUCGUAACCGUGCAACCCCACCUCCGACAGACAAGCCGACCGAGUAUAAACCCCCGACGACCGAGAAGCCGCAUGAAGGCUACGAACCUACGGCACCCCCUGAGAAUCAAACUCCAAUGAACUACGAACGCAGCGCUGGUGGUGCACCCCCGGUCUCUGGACAUGGUGCCAACUAUGAGUAG